AUGAAUUCAGAUAAACAAAAGUUAAACGACAGCAACAGCAGUAGUAGCACCACUACCAGCAGUAGCAACAGUCUAGCAUUACCUCCUCCUACCAUGGAACCAAGCAUCAGCACGACUACAUUUCGUAGAGAUUAUGAUGCUCUUUUAAAGCAAGUACUUGAAGAAAGUUCAGAGGAUGAAGAAGAUACGUUGCAUCACAUCGACAUCGACUUGAAUGCUGCUACUGCUGAACUCCCUGAAGAUUUACGAGCUGCCUUGGAGGAUCGCUCGUUGGCAGACAAGUACCUGGCCAACUUGAAAACGUUCAUGAGCCAUAGAAGAUCCCAGUCUAUCAAUUCUGAUUAUUCCAUACCUAAUACCCCACUUCAAUCCACUUUUUCAAAUCAACCCCUCAUGUCGCCAAAACCGUUUGAUCGCAUUCAACCCGACCCAUUAUCUAAAGUGCUGGAUGCAGUGCCUUACCAAACUCGUCUCAUCAACGGCGUACCAUCACUGACGUUAUUGGAGCAAAAGUUUCAUGCACUUCGAAUACCCGAACUGGAUCUACCAGUAGUGUCUGAUACCGUCAUACAAACAAGUCUGAAUGGAUUAUACAAGAUUCGCGAUGAUUUAUAUAUCCACUUGAACGGUGGACCGCUUGUCAACAGCAUGACUCAACAUAAUAUUGGCGAAAAGAAGAAGCAAAAGGUGAUGGGUUUAUUGGAUGAUAUUUCAAAGGAAAUUGGGUUGUAUGAAGAGUUUGUCAAGAAAGCCAACUAUCUUAGUCUCGAGAGCAUCUUGAACGAGUCAUCAGAUGAGGAAGAGGAGGACUAUUCUGAUACGCUUAAUGAUGCAGAUUCCAGCUUACUCAAUUUUGACUCUGCCUCUGAGCUAUCAAAGACAACACCUGGAACGCCAUCAUUCCUAUCCAGCGCAUCACCACACAGAACCAACUCCCAACUAUCACUAUCAUCACCUGUAAACAGCCACAUGCUGAGACAGCGUCUGGGAUCAUCCAACGGUGGCGAUUCCGCCUCUGUCUCAGCUUCUGCAUCUCCUGCACAAUCGUCAUUUGAUGUUCUGGAUACAGAUAGCUCAACAAAUGGAAAGGAGAAUAUCGAGCCUUGGGAAGCGUUUAAAUGGAUGCCGCUGUCUAAAAUCUCGAGUCAACUCUACUCGGAUGCUAUAAAAAAGGAAAGUGGAUUGAUUUCGGUUAUGAUUGCCAGUGGUGUUUUGGCAAUUGGUACUACACGAAGCUUGGUAUUUGUUUAUGAUUACUCGCAAAAUCUCAAGUGCAUAUUGGGUGACAGCGCUAAAGCCGUUGAACUAGGAUCAGUGACAUCGUUGGCAGUAUCCGCAGAUCACACCACCAUCGCCUGUGGACACUCUCAGGGAUACAUUGUCGUUUGGGAUAUCAGAAAACCCGCUCAUCCUGUACGUACCAUCGACCCUAUUUCAGCCAGCCAAGUCGUUGGUGCACUCUCUACACCACAACAACAGGUACCUCGCAAAGAAGGCCAUGUCAAGGGAUCUUCCAUUUUGCACAUUGGAUUUGUCGGUGUCAAAAAGACGGAUAUCGUGUCAGGGGAUGAUCAGGGUAUGGCGUUUUAUCACGCCUUGUAUAAAGUAAUUAUGGUGAAUGCAGUGGAUACUACUCGCAUCUUAGGGCGCUAUCAGAACCUGUCCUUGACACCAGAGAUACAACGAGCUCAGACACUAGCCGCAAAUGCAAGAUUAAGACUGCAGGCACCCUCUGUGUUGCCCAAACCAAGAAGACCCAGCACUGUGUUUGCAAUGCAGCCAUUACCUUUGGGCCAAAUACCCCAUCCAGCAGAAAAUUUUGGCCUUGUGGCUUUAUUGACACCUUACAAGAUGAUCAUUGUUGGAUUGAAGCCUUCACCACAAACCAUGUACAAAUUCCUAAAGCCAAAAGUAGCAGCACAUCCAGACCACGCUAUUGACGCCGAUGACAGAUCAAAGGCAAACAUUGAACCACUGUCUGGCUGCUUGGCAUGGCUGCCAUCCAUCAAGCUGGGCCAAACUGGAGCCAAACAGCUACCCAGAACAAAAGAUCCACUGGCUUCUUCUGAUCCCAUGCUGGCAUUUGCCUGGGGAAACCAUCUCUUUAUUCUUCGUGUCAGAGUCAGCAACAACAGCAACCAAGAUGCCAAACCAUCACAAGCCAACGGCAGAGGGCCCAGGUUACCGACACCACCAGCACCCAAAGCCAACAAGAAGGGCACCCAUUUAGAGUUUAUCAAGAUUGGCGAAUGGAAGUGUAAAGAAGCUAUUGUAGGCGUGCAGUGGAUUAACAGACAGAUUCUCGUCUUGUUCACUCCCAAUGAAGAGAUGAUCCUGUUUGACCCUAAAAACAUGAUUGAGACACAACACACUAGCAUUCGCACCAAGCAGCUCGUGUACCAUGACUGGUUCAACGCACCUUUGAAGGAUCUAGUCGUGGAUGCUGCCAAUUUGACUGUGGACUCGCCGGAGGAUUCCAGCUUGCUCAAGUCUGUCGAAAUGGCCUAUUUUGGAUCCAUCAAGGGGUACAAGGGCAAGAUCUUUUUAUUGGGCAUGAAUCAAAUCUACAUGGGCACGCUGUUGUCGUGGAAAGACCGCAUUCUAGCACUAGGCCAAGCAGGUGAUUUACUCGAGACGAUUGAACUGGCAACAUCCUUUUACAAUGGCAUUGGCAUUCAAACGGUGAUUGGCCUCCCUGAGGAAGAAAAGGCAAGAAAGGCACUUGUGGGCGAGAGUUUGAUGGAGAUUUUGGUGGCUUCCUUGAAUUACACAUUUUCAUCCAAACGCACUUACGAAGGCAUGGCAGAUGAAGUAGCUGGUGGUGAGACUAUUGUGUUCCGUAACUUGGCGCAAGGCUGCGUGGAAGCGUGUCUCAGCAUGAACAACACAGCAUUCUUGUUUGAUACUGUAUACGAGCGAUUUGCAGAGAACAAUGUCAAGGGCAUCUUUUUAGAGGUGUUGGAGCCUUGUAUCGUGGAAGACAGAGUGCCUGAUGUCCCGCCAUCCAUCAUGAAGGACCUGGUGGACCACUACAGCAAAAAGCGACUGCUGGAUGAAUUGGAACAAGUGAUUUGGCAUGUCAAUCCUCGACAUUUGGACAUUGAUCAGAUUGUUAGCAUGUGUCAUCGUGAAGGCAUGUAUGAAGCAAUGAUGUAUGUAUGGAACAAGAGCAUGCAUGACUAUGUCAGUCCUGUGGUGGAGAUGCUCAAAGUGGUGCGAUCUGUCCUUAGAGAUGAAGCCCAUAGCGACAGCCAGCAAAACGUGCACAACCGACACCACUCUGAAAAGCUGUUUGACUAUCUCAAACUGAUCUUGACAGGCAAAUCGUUCCCUGAAGGUUCCGCCAUCCUGGCCUCGGAUGAAGCCAGUGAUGCUCGUAGUGCCGUCUAUUCCUUUGUCUUUUCGGGUCGCUGUGUUGUCUGGCCCCCUGUUGGCGGCAAAUUGGUGCUCACGGCAGACGACGAUGAAGGCUUCUCGGAGCCUACAUACCCUUACUUGCGAUUGCUACUACGCUUCAAUACGAAAAAGUUCUUGGAAGCCAUGGAAGUUGCGUUUCAAGAUCCCUGGUUGAACGGCGGUGAAGACAUCCUUAGCUCCAAGUUUGAAGAUGAAGUGCCUGGUAAAGUCAUCUCUCGUCAAAUCAUUGUCAACACACUGCUGGACGUCAUGGGCGGCGGGUUGACUGGCAACGGCUUGCCACUGCCUCCGCCCAGACCCAAGCAAUCCAUCUCUGGCUCCACGGUACAGUCAUUCAGUACCAACAGACAAACACCCAGCCAUUUGCACAUCAAUGUACCUUCCUCCUCGUCGUCUGGUGCCUUCACUGAUCAUCACGGCUUCUCGUCUUAUGAUUAUGUCUCUCACGAAAAUAUCAUCCAGCUCUAUAUGUUUAUCGCAUCCAAUCUGCACAUGUAUACCACCUUCAUCUUGCUGCCACCCAAGACAUUGCACAAAGUGCUCGUCCGACUCGCAGAGGACCAUGACCCCAAUACCCGCAUUGAACGCGAAAAAGCUGUGCAAAACCUGCUAACUGUAUACACGCCUGGCAACCAAGAGCAAAUUGUUGGCCUGUACGAAGAUGCUGGGUUCUGGAAAGUGCUGGAAGACGUUUAUCGUAGAGACAAAAAGUACGGCAAACUGGUGGAAGCCUAUCUCAAGGACGACGAACGUCGUGAAGACGUAUUUGACUGUGUUCAGAAGCUACUCAGCUCCUCUGAGCUCAACAGCCGACAAAAGGAAGAAGUGAAGCGUGUGUUUAUGAUUCGUAUCUCUCAGUUUGUGGAAAUCGAUGGGCAGAAAGCAGCCAACAUUGUCGAGCACUUUAUGCAGGGAGAUCACGCGGAUGCCAUUCGACGCUUGGAGGAAGAUCAAGAGUUUGAUGACGACGAGUAUCAUGCUACUGCGGAUAAGCGUCUUUUCUCUUACUUGAGAGGAUUGCUAGAGCCCUAUGAUGAAGAGCAAGAGGAGCAAGAGGACAUGCACCAGAAUCAAGUGCAUCAAGGUCUGAUCAAGGAAACGCAUAUCCCGCAUGUCGAUGGGUCCAUCCAGGAACGCUACAUUGAACUGAUGUGUCGCUUUGAUCCCUCGGGCGUCUUCAACUACUUCAACACCAAACUGAACGAUGCCAUCUCGCUUGAUAAUGUGCGCCAAAGCUGCGAGAAAUACGGUGUCAUGGAUGCCGUUGUCUGGAUCAUGGAAAAAAGCGGCAACACGCAAGGUGCGCUGGAAAAGAUGCUGGACGUAGCCAAAGACAAGAGCGCUGCUAUUCUCAAGAUUCUUAAAGAUCACGUUCAAGCCGACACGGCGCACUGGACAUUUGAAGAGCAAAGCACUAUCAACAGCUGUCUGAUUGGUCUCAAUGGUGUGCUGAGAGUGAGCACACGACUGUGUGAGAGCAGCAGUCUAGCCACCACUGCCACCACCUCUGCUUAUCAGACUGACAUGGACGAUGACACUAUACCUGAGCUGAGCCAAGACAGUUCUACAGGCGACGAACAUGACGAAGAGUUCGUGCAGAACGAUUUGGUAGAAACACUUUGGUUCCGUCUGUUGGAUGCCUACUUUGAAGGCUCCAUUGACAUUUAUAACUCGAUUGGCACAGACACGCAUCACCAUGUGCCUGCAGAAGUCAGACAGCUCAUUACCACAGCAUACAAAUCAUUUGUGCAGUCCAUAUUAACCUCGCUCUUGCUCUCCACCUCACCGCAAGUCUCACUGCCUCGACUUUUGCUCAAAUUGAUCCAUUCACAAGCACGGGGGGAGACCACAUUUGCAGACUUUAGAGACAUAUUUUUAAGCAUGCUGGACACUUACAAAUACGAAGGCAAAUUAUUGGAGAUGACGAACCGCCUGUUUGAUCGGGACUUGUUUGGUAGUUUGCAGGACAUGGUUACCAAGAGAGGUAAAGGCUGGCGACCCAGCAGAGCAGUGUGUGAGAUUUGUGGUGUCAACAUCUUGGAUUUGUCCUUGUUGCAGCCUGAUUUGGCUUGGGGAUUUGAAAGCAAGACUGAGCAACAAGACACACAAGAAGCACACGAAGAGCAAGAGCAACAGCAACAGCAAAAACGAUAUGUACUGUUCCAUUGUGGUCAUGGAUUUCAUACUGCGUGUCUAGAAAGGCAGCUGGGUACAAAUCAAGAAUGCAUUGUAUGUCAACAUGGCAACCCUCAGGCCAAACCCACCUUGCCACCCAUCUCCACACAAGCAUCCGCUGCUUCUGAUAGUUUGCCUACUGUCAACAAGACAUCAAAAGGAAAAGAGAAAGCCAUUGAAUAA